CGCGCCCAGCGGCGGGAGCGGCGGCUCGGCUCGGCAUGGGACGGGACGGGGCGCUGCCGCCGCGGGGACCUGCAAUGCCAGUGUGAGAGGGGACUCUCAAAGGCAUAUGUGGAUUUUUUGUCUGUACCUGCUCCUUGAUUGUCUGUCUUUUACUGACCCACCCGAAAAGAGAGAAGAGGGGUCGGGCAAAAACCAUUGGCUUGUCACUUGUGCCUAAGAACUGGCUGGAUUUUAUGGCACCUGCUGGAGAGGGCACCUGGACCCUUGGAAAUGGAACAGCUGGUGCUGCACCUCUGCUGAGAAAGGCAUUCUGCUUGGAGUACAAGGAUCAAGUUGCCUUAAGUCAAACCAUAGGCAAGUUGCACUAAUUGUUGUAACUGUACCUCCAAAUCCUCUCUAGACUUCUCCAGGGCUUCCCAAGGCAGUAGCUCAUCACGUGGUUUGCAUGUUCCCAAUUGACAUUUGAAUGUUUUCAACCAGCCUAGUGUGGCUGUGAGAAUUGGGGGUGGAGUUUUUGCUGGGAAGUUCAUGGUUAGGGUUGAAACCCCGACAACUUCCCAGCGUGGUCUGUGCUAUGGCAGCGACCUACAGGCUGCUGGUGAGCUCUGUGAACUGCUACAGCAGCGUGGUGAUAGACCAGCACUCCCAGCACACUGUGCACCACUGCACAGGGACCUGCCAGGUGUUCAAGCGCGGGGUGACCUGCAUCGUUGCCCACCACAGUGUCUGUGCAGAGCUCAGUGUCCAAGAUGCCGACCUGGACCAUAAAACUCCUCUUCCUGAAAAUGGACUCGGCUUGUCUGCAAAUGAGGACUAUCACCAAAUCCUCCCAAAUAACCCAAGGAUCAAAAAGGGCUCUUCAGUGCAAGCCUCCAGCAGUUUAAAGGACAUUACUGGUGAGGCAAUAAACCUUGCCAGUGGUAAAAUAAAGGAGUUCUCCUUUGAAAAGCUCAGAAACUCCUCCAAUCAUGUGGCCUACAGAAAGGGAAGGAAGGUUCGGUCAGAAUCCUUCAGCAGACGAUCCUUUGACUUUGACUUGAUUUAUGGGCACCUCAACAACGAUGAGAACUGCCCUCCGUGUGGCUUUUUGCAGAGCCCCUCCCCUGUGGAGAAGUGGCAGGAGGGCAGUGAUGCUCCAGAAGUCACCGUGAGCCCCACGGUUCCCUUCUCCCCUCAUGCCUUCUCUGAAGAAAACUUCAUUACCCAGAUUUUGGAAAAACACAAGCUAGAUGGUUCUUCUGGUGGGGAUAUCAAGGUGUGCUUGGACAUCUUGCUGAAGUGCUCAGAGGAUCUGAAGAAGUGCACGGACAUAAUAAAACACUGCAUCAAAAGGAAAUCUGCGGACAGCGUGGGUGGAGGGAACAGCAGUGACCCCCUGGCCAGUUCAGAAAUGAUAUACAUGAACCUGAUGACAAGGUUUUCUUCGUACCUGAAAAAGCUGCCCUUGGAACUGAAGCCCGCGGGGCAGAGGGAGGCGAGUGACUGGGCAGAGCUGGUGAGCUGCUUCCAUGGCUUGCAGCAGAGCCCCUUUGCCCCGGUGUUCGAGGACGAGCAACCGCCCCGCUAUGAGGACAUUAUCCAGCUGCCAUCCUCCAGUGCAGGUCCUCUGGCUCUGCCAGGAGAUCAGGGGGAGCCGACAAGCACCUCUCAGUCCCUCCAAACAGGUACUGUGGCCUUUACCCCCACCUCCCCUCCCAGUGCCCCCCAGAGCAGCGUGAGAGCUGGGAAAGACGCUCUACCUCAGUCAGCGGCCCCGAGCCCCCCCGACAGCACGUCCUGCACUGAGGCGCUGUACAUCGAGGAGGAGGCUGAUAGGGACAGAACAGCAGGGAAAGGGCGGAGGGCAGAGCACAGAGUGGGCUGGGAGAGUAUGGAGCACAGCUCCCAGCGAGCUGCUGGUUCAGAGGUCCCUGUUGAUGCUAAAGCAGAGCGUGCCCAGGUGGGAGACGCCGAGCUGUCCCCCACUCCCAAGGAAGCGACUCCUUUAACACCACUCCUGGAUUCUGUUCUGCACGGGGCCCAGGCUGGUGUCCCCAAAGGAGCCCAGACGAGCAGUAGGGUGGACAAGGAGGAGAUAGACAAACUGCUGCUGGAUUUGGAGUGCUUCUCCCGGAAAAUGGAGAGCGCUUUGACGGAACCCCCUCAGAAGCAGGGCGAGCCCGUGGGCGUGCAGGUGUUGGGCAGGCAGGGGAGGCAGCUUCUACCUCAGGCUCUGGAGGCCAAAAGUAAACCUGCUGACCCCCCUUCUUCUCUGUCAAAAAUCAUGGAAACCAACGGUCACAAAAUGGAAGAGGACGACAAAGCCUUUUUACUGCGGAUCCUGGAAAGCAUUGAGGACUUUGCCCAGGAGCUGGUGGAAUUCCAGACAGGCAAGGGAAGCUUGUCUAAGGAGAGGGAAGUGAUGCAGAUUCUUCAGGAAACUUUAGCAACUCCUUCACAGUCCCUCCUUGCAGGGAAAAAAAGCCAUGCUGGGCCUGCCUGCAGAGACUCUGUCCCAGCUUCAGUUCAGCAGGCCCCAGAGGUGGUUAAGGUUCAAAGUAAACAAGAGAAGAAGCCUGGAGCUCCCUCCCUAGCCCCCCUGAAACCCUCAGCUGGCCCUUGCACUCUCCUGCCUGUGAACAAAGCCACCAGCAGUGCCCCCUCGUCCAUAAACAUUCCACGUUUCUACUUCCCUAAAGGACUUCCCAAUGUCUGCACUAACCAUGAGGAAAUCAUUGCCAGGGUUGAAGAGGCCUUUUCAGAGUUUGAAGAUGAGAAGGCAAACAUCUGUGAAAUGGGGAAAAUUGCUAAGGUCUGUGGCUGCCCACUCUACUGGAAAGCACCUCUGUUCAGUGCAUCAGGAGGAGAGAGGACAGGAGGGGUAUCUGUGCACUCCUUCGUGGCCAUGUGGAGAAAAGUCCUGCGGAACUGCCACGAUGAUGCUUCCAGGUUCACAUCGCUCCUGGCCAAGCCUGGCUGUGACUACCUACAGCAGGAGGACUUCAUCCCACUGCUCCAGGAUGUGGUGGAAACUCACCCUGGCCUGACGUUCCUGAAGGACGCCCCAGAGUUCCACUCCCGGUACAUCACCACGGUUAUACAGAGGAUAUUCUACACCGUGAACCGCUCCUGGUCUGGGAGGAUCACUCUGACAGAGCUGAGGAAAAGCAACUUCUUGCAGACCCUUGCUCUCUUGGAAGAAGAGGAUGACAUAAAUCAGAUCACAGACUAUUUCUCCUAUGAGCACUUCUAUGUGAUUUACUGUAAAUUCUGGGAGCUGGACACUGACCAUGACCUUUACAUCAGCCAGAAGGACCUGGCUCGGUACAGUGACCAAGCUUUAUCCAACAGGAUAAUUGAGCGAAUAUUCAGUGGCGCUGUGGUGAGAGGCACUGAGGUUCAGAAGGAAGGCAGGAUGAGUUAUGCUGAUUUUGUGUGGCUCCUGAUUUCAGAGGAGGACAAAAGGAGUGCUACAAGCAUUGAGUACUGGUUCAGGUGCAUGGAUCUGGAUGGGGAUGGAGUGCUGUCCAUGUACGAGCUGGAAUAUUUCUACGAGGAGCAGUGUGAGCGCAUGGAGGUGAUGGGCAUAGAGCCCCUGCCCUUCCAGGACCUGCUGUGCCAGAUGCUGGACCUCGUUAAGCCUGAGAGGGAAGGAAGAGUAACCCUGCGAGACCUGAAGAGGUGCAGAAUGGCUCAUGUGUUCUUCAACACCUUCUUCAAUUUAGAGAAGUACCUGGACAAUGAACAGAGGGAUCCCUUUGCAGUGCAAAAGGACGUGGACGGUGACGGCCCCGAGCCCUCGGACUGGGACAGGUACGCAGCCGAGGAGUACGAGAUCCUGGUGGCCGAGGAGUCCGGGAACGAGCCGCUGCAGGAGGGAUCAUGUGAAGAGGACUAUGAUACAGAUGAAGUCUUAUCUACCCCUGAAACUGGAGACAAGUCAGACAAACUAGUUCUCUCAGAUCUCUCAGCAUAGAGAAGUGGAAGGCACUUAAGCAAUCUCUUUCAAACUGGAGAGCAUUCGGUCCCAAGGCACUUGGGGGUUUUCUUAAGUCCAGCAUUGGAACAAUGUGCUUUAUUUGUACACUGUACCUUGAGAACCCUUUUCCUCUCCCUGUGUAAUUGCAAUAAGGCAAUUUCUAUAAAAAGGCUUUUUACAACGUGCUCUUGUGCACACUCAUUGCCAGUGGUGAUGGCACCUUGUCUCGUUUCUAGAUGAAUUUUCUUAUGUCCCCAGAUGUGCAAUAAGUGCCAGCAUCUAAUGAUUG